UUCUCCAGGGGGUGGGUAUGCCCCCAAUAUUGCAAAAUUCAUGGGAUGAAAAAAUAAUGUACUACAAAGUUGUUCAGAAUGACGAGAGAAAUAUUUUAGGUACCCUGCCCUCCAAGUCCCCCACCCCUUAAGUGGGUCGGGGGGUAAAAAACCCCCAAUAUGUGAUUUUUUUACCUGAAACCCCGAAAUUCGGAAUCAGCAUGCAAAAAUAACCCCAAAGGGUUUUUCAAAAUUGCCACCCCCUAAGAGUGGCCCAAUUAUAUGCGCCACCCUGUAUAUAUAAACAGAAAUCUUCAUUUUAAUCAAUUUCACAAAUAUAUACGGCAAAUGCAGUAGUUAUUAGAUAGUAAUGAAAUGAACACAGAGAAGGCAAUACCACAUGCAUAUUUGAAAUGCAUGUCUAUAUUAUGUAUGUGAUUCGUGAAUUGAAUUAUUCAAGAAUCGAUAGCUUUAAAAUAUACACACACAUUUAUCGAUUUAUAGAACGGAUUACAUCGGUAUGCCGAUGAAAUAAUACUUGUUGUAAUUUUAAACAAAAACACUGUCUUCGUUAAAAAAAACUGGAUAUUUGAUAUUUGAAACCGUAUAUCAUGAUUAUGGUAUAACUUAUUGCAUUUGACUGAUGAAGUUCAAAUGAAUUGCAUGAAGCGUUCCUCUUCAUGUUGCCAUUGGAAUCGAUAAAUUUUAUGACAGCUCUUGCUUAGCAACCGAUAACAAGAACCACAAAGAAAAAAAAUCACAUGAAUUACCGUAGAAUUUCGUUGAAACAAACAUUUCUGAAAAUUUGUGUGCAAACAUUUCAAAUCCUCAUUUUUUAUUAUUUAAUCAUAAAAAAUGUUCAAAAAAAGACCAAUUGCUACACUGGUGGCAAAUAUAAAUGGCAGUUCUAUCUUUAGACGCUCCAAAAACCAAAAUAAAAAUUACAUAGUCGAGCCAGAAUGGGACGUACAACCAGUCGAUAACAUUAUAAUGUCAAAAGUUUUGAGCGAUCGUAAAAAUGCUGAAGUUAUAGAACAACAGGAGAGAAUGCGUGAGGAAGUAAAAGAUAAAGGACGACGAAACAAGAAACGCCUCAAAGAAAUCAGAAAGAUGCAGAAGGAACUACGACAAAAAUUCAUCGAAACAAAUGAUUUCAUCAAUGAAUGUGAGCAUAAAGAGGCUGAAGCUGACAAAAAAAUCGCAGCUGAAGUGAAACUUCAAAACAAAUUAAAAAAUGAUAUCGAUGAUUAUGAAGAACGCAUAAGAAAAUUGACGGAAUAUCAUGAAGAUGAACUUAAACCAGCCAUAAAAGAGUUGAGCGUAUACGAAAACGUACUGCAAGAAGUUGUCGAUGAUAUGGAUCUAUUCGAUAGCAAAGAAGAUUUUCUUGAUCGAGUCGAGGCACUAUUGCUCGCUCAAGAUGAGGUAUCUGAAAAUGAUUCAGUAUGUUUGGAGAAAAUCGAAAAGAUGCAAGGUGAUAUUGUAAAAACAUCGAAUGAAGCGACCUUAAUGAUUGCCGGUUUGGAAAAUCGAUUAAUUGAACUUGAGAAAAAUUAUGAAAAUGUAAAAAGCGAAUGCUUGAAAUUCGAAAAUGUAUUACAUCCAGCAAAAGAAAUCAUCACGGAAAAAGAAAAGGAAAUGUUUAUGUUGCUGGAUCAAAUUCAACAAAUGUAUCUAUUGCUCUGUGCCCGAAAUUGCGAAGAGCCCAAAUUUAAGCGUGAACAAAUCGAUGAGCAAUUGGCGGGGCAAUUGGACUAUAUCAAAAGAGAGAUUGAAAUGAUUUUGGAAACAAUUGACUUAGCCCGAGAAAUGGAAGCGCUUGAAAUGAGAUCUGACAUUGCGUCAUAUGGAUCGGGAAAAAGCGGAAAACCACGGAAAUAAAAUAAAAAAUAUUUUCUGUUUUCAUUAAACACAUUAA